AAACCUUCAGAAUCAGAUUCCACCUCAAAAAGAAGAAUUCCCAUAAAUCAAUAGAAAGAAAUCUCAUUCACUGCCUUUUCUGUAAUCAAAUACAACUAUUUUUUGAUUCCAAAAGCAUUUCCUCCAUCUCCUGCUGCAAUUUCAGCUUGGAUUGGAGAGGUUUUCUCUUGACAAACAUUAUCACAUAUGCAGUUCUACUGCAUGGUGAUGAGGAUCAACAUUGAUUGCAAAGGCUGUUACAGAAAAGUAAGAAGAGCCCUUCUUGAUAUGCAAGAAUUGGAGACACACUUGAUAGAGAAGAAGCAGAGCAGGGUAAGUGUGUGUGGGAAAUUCAAUCCACAGGAUGUGGCUAUCAAAAUCAGGAACAAGACUAACCGCAGAGUUGAGAUAUUGGACAUACAAGAGCUGGUCACCACCCCCAACUCGACCAACGACAACAACCAAAAUAAUCAAGAACAGAAAAGCCUCGUCAAUUCAAGUUCUUGGAAUCUUGAAUCAAGCCAAACCCAGAUAGCUGCUAAUUGCAUACAAGAUGGAUAUAUAGGAUACUGAUAUUCAUCAGUUCAUAUGCCUGAUAUAUAUUAUAGAUAAUAUAAGAUGUCUGAACCCAUUUCAAUGGCAUUGAUCAUUCAUAUAGUC